GAGAGAGCGCGUUUUAAUGCCGAGUAGGGCGUGAAAGUGUGUGUCUCGUGUUGACCAUUUAUAUUCAUCCAAAAAAAUAAUAAUAAAAUCAUUAUUAAAACAACAAAAAAAAAAGAGUAACUAAUUAUUAUUGUUUCAAUGGAAUAUUUAAAAAAUCGAAUUUAUCAGUUGGAAGAAUACACAAGUAGUAAAGUUAAAAUAUAAAAAAUAAUAAAAGGAGCAAUAAGGAUCAAAUAAAAAAAAAAAAAAAACGGCCACGCGUGUGUUUUUAUUUUGCGAUCACUAUGUAUUGGUGCUGAAUAGUCAGAGUGGUAUUCCUUUUUUUUUUUUUUUUAUUUAUUUUUUUUUUUUUUACUAUAAUUUAUUUAUUUACAAAAAAAAAAAAUAUUGUGUUCAUUUAAUUAGUGUGUAUCUCAGUGUAUUGUGAUAAGUGUGAUUGUGGUUGAGAUAAAUUAAUUAAAAAUAUUAAAAAAAAAAAAAAGUUUAUCAUGUUUCGUUGUAUUCCAAUAUUUAAGGGGUGCAAUAGACAGGUGGAAUAUGUUGACAAGCGUCAUUGCUCACUCCAAAGUGUUCCUGAGGAUCUCAUCAGAUAUUCAAGAAGUUUAGAGGAACUUUUACUUGAUGCUAAUCAUCUCAAAGAACUACCCAAGAAUUUUUUUCGACUACAAAAAUUGCGAAAACUUGGACUUAGUGAUAAUGAGAUUCAUCGUUUACCACCUGAAAUACAAAACUUUGAAAAUCUUGUUGAACUUGAUGUUUCUAGAAACGACAUACCAGACAUUCCUGAAAGCAUCAAAAAUAUGCUUGCCCUGCAGGUGGCAGACUUUAGCAGCAAUCCAAUUCCCAGACUUCCAGCAGGUUUUGUGAAACUUAAAAACUUGACGAUUCUUGGCCUCAAUGACAUGUCACUUACUAAUUUACCACCAGACUUUGGAUGCUUGUUGUCAUUACAAUCAUUGGAAUUAAGAGAAAAUCUUCUUAAAUCAUUACCAGAAUCAUUAUCCCAAUUGACAAAACUUGAACGACUUGAUCUUGGUGAUAAUGACAUUGAUGAAUUGCCUCCUCAUAUAGGAAAAUUACCAGCAUUACAAGAAUUAUGGCUGGAUCAUAAUCAGUUACAACAUUUGCCACCAGAAAUUGGUCAAUUAUCAACAUUAGCAUGUUUAGAUGUAUCAGAAAAUCAUCUUGAAGAUUUACCAGAAGAAAUUGGUGGUCUUAAAUCAUUGACUGAUUUACAUUUAUCACAAAAUAAUAUUGAAAAAUUACCAGAUGGUUUGGGUGAAUUAAAAAAAUUAACAAUUAUUAAAGUUGAUCAAAAUAGAUUAUCUGAAUUAAAUAUAAAUAUUGGAAAAUGUGAAAAUUUACAAGAAUUAAUAUUAACUGAAAAUUUUCUUCUUGAAUUACCAGUAACAAUUGGUAAUCUUUUAAAUUUAAAUAAUUUAAAUGUCGAUCGAAAUAGUUUACAUGCACUACCAACUGAAAUAGGAAAUCUAAAUAAUCUAGGUGUUUUAUCAUUGAGAGACAAUAAAUUACAGUAUUUACCACAGGAAGUUGGACAGUGUAGUGCUCUCCAUGUUCUUGAUGUAUCAGGAAAUAGGCUUCAGUAUUUGCCAUAUACAUUGAUAAAUUUAAAUUUAAAAGCAGUAUGGCUUAGUGAAAAUCAAGCACAGCCAAUGUUGACUUUUCAAACAGAUUUGGAUGAAGAUUCUGGUCAAGAAGUUCUCACGUGUUUUCUUCUACCACAAUUAGAGUAUCAUGCAACUGGACCACAUGAAUCAGGAAAAGUUGGUGUUGCUGUUGGUGGUAGAAGCAAUGGUCAAAAUAAUGAAAUGCGAGAAAUUGGUAGUAGUGAUGAUGAAAAUUGGCAAGAAAAAGAAGCAUCAAGAACACACUCUGUCAAAUUUAGUGAUGAUGGUCCAGAUGCUGACAAGGAGACACAAUUUGUAAGACAAAAUACACCACAUCCUAAAGAACUCAAAGCAAAGGCACAUAAGUUAUUUGGUAAAGGAAAAAAUGACAGUAGAUCAGGAUCAACAGAUGAACAGGAUGUUUCACAAACAUUUGGUCUUGAUAAAGCUGAAUUUUUAAAUCCUGAAAAUAUCAAUGAAGCUGAAAAUGAGUUGGAGCAAGAAAUAAUGUAUCGUGAUACAAAACAGGAUGAAGCCAAAGUUGGUCAGACGGAAACAUCGAAUGACAACUCGCUUGAUCGAAACACAGUAAUGUCACAAGAAAUUCCAGAACCAUCAUCAAUGACAGUGGUGAGGAAGGGGCUCCUGUUGCAGGAUGCUGAGGUCGAGGGUUCGGUGUCAGAAUCAAGGGGUAGGGAUGAAGAUGAUUCUGAGGGUGAUGAAAUGCAGAGACAUGUUGAAUUUAAAAUAACUGAAGAUGGUGGUGGUGGUGGUGGUGAUAUCGAGGGUGGGGGUGAAUUGGAUAAACCAAAUAAACUCCAUCGACGUGAUACCCCACAUCAUCUUAAAAACAAACGAAUACAUGCCGCAAUUGACCCGGAUAAAGUUGCCUCAAUCAUCAAACAGGCACUUAAGAAAAAAAAUGAAGAAGUGACUAGUCUUCCAAGUGAAUCCGUUGACACAUAUGACAAUCAAGGGGCUACAUCAGAUGUUGAGCCGUCCUUAGAAGUACGAGAAGAUCAAUAUGAAAUUCAUAUUGAAAGAACAACGGGAGGUCUAGGCUUGUCAAUUGCCGGUGGAAUUGGUUCAACUCCUUUCAAAGGUGAUGACGAAGGCAUUUUCAUAUCCAGGGUUACUGAAGGUGGUCCAGCGGAUUUAGCGGGUUUGCGGGUUGGUGAUAAAGUUAUAACAGUUAAUGGAAUAUCAGUUAUCGAUGCUGACCAUUAUGAUGCAGUUGAAGUUUUAAAAGCUUGUGGUCGUGAACUCAUUCUUGUUAUUAAUCGUGAGGUCACACGAACUGUACCACCAUCAGAACAGCUUUCAACGAGAAAAGACUCAAUUUGUUCGAGCCUGAGCACAAGUCGUGCGCCAAGUGCAACAUCGUAUGUUUCAUCAAAUACAUUUUCCCAUAAUCAUGAAAAUGGUGACAGCCUACCUCGUGAUCUAUCAAAGACAAAAAAAAUACCAGAACCACUGCCAACACUAAGAACAUCAUCAGAGCUACUUGUUCCUGUUCUUGUACAUACAACACUUAUUAGAGAUCAAAAUGGACUUGGAUUUAUCAUUGCUGGUGGUAAAGGUUCACCUCCUCUAAAAGAAAAUACUGAAGCCAUAUUUAUUUCACGAAUAACUGAUGGUGGAGUUGCACAAAAAGAUGGAAAAUUAAUGGUUGGAGAUAAAGUUAUUUCAAUAAAUGGAGUUGAAGUUAAUAAUGCCAAGCAUGAACAAGCCGUUCAAAUGUUAACAGGUCUUGAAAGAUUUGUACGUCUUGUUGUUGAACGUGAAAUUCCAUUAUCACAAGCAAAUACAACAUUACAAUUAACACCUGGUGAAAAAUCACCUCACGUUAUUGGUGGUACUGGUCCACGUCCAUACACUGGUUUAUAUUCAGCCAAUAGUUAUAUGGCAAAUCGUCCUGGCUAUACAAGUGGUUAUCGUCGUUCAAUAGAUGCUGAUAAAAUAUUAACAAGUCCAACAUCAAAAACUCCACCACCAUUAAAUUCAUUAAAAAUUGAUACAACACCAACAAUAAAUGGUGUUGCUAAAAUGAAUGGAACAAGUGAAAAUAUAAAUAAUAAAGCACCACAACCAGCACCAAGGAUGACUGCACCACCACCAGCUCCACCACGUACUACAACAACACCAACAUCAACAAAUGAUAAUAAUACAAUGACAAAAUCAACAAUUCAACAGGACAACAAUAAUCAUGGACAGGAUACAAAUGAAACAAGACCAACAUCAUCACAAGAAGAUAUACAGGUACCGAAGCCAAUCACCAACGAGGAAUUUCAGGCCAUGAUUCCUGCACAUUUCCUACGUACAUCAAAUUCCACAUCCCCAUCAGACCUUGUAUCCCAACAGGGCCCAGUCGUCACUGUUACAAUCAAGCAGCCUGAUAAUUUACAUAGUGAUGUUAAUUUUCCACCGGCUCCUACAACACUUGGUAAAGUUACCGAAGUCAUCACUAAGAGUACACUCACCGAAACUGUUGUCACACGUGUCACUGACAAUCAUCUGUUGCUGCCGGUUAUAAUUGAGGAGGUUGUUCUGAUGAAGGAAGGUUCUCUUGGAUUUAGUAUCAUUGGUGGAACUGAUCAUUCAAGUACACCAUUUGGUGAUAAAGAGCCUGGUAUUUUCAUAUCACAUGUUGUACCAGGUGGUAUAGCUGCAAAAUCCGGUAAGCUUAAAAUGGGUGACAGGAUUUUAAAAGUAAAUGGAACAGAUUUGACAAAAGCAACCCAUGAAGAAGCUGUGUUAGAAUUACUACGACUUGGUGAUUCAAUUGCUCUCACUAUUCAACAUGAUCCAUUACCAGAAGGCUAUCAGCUGGUCGAUUUACAGUACAUUACCGCGACAGAACUUGUUAUUACCAAAUUACCUGGUGAAAGACUUGGAAUGCAUAUUAAAGGUGGACAACAAGGACAACAUGGUAAUCCACUUGAUCAUUCAGAUGAGGGUGUAUUUAUUUCAAAAAUUAAUUCUGCUGGUGCUGCUAGACGUGAUGGUAGAUUAAAGGUUGGAAUGAGAUUGCUUGAAGUAAAUGGUAAAUCACUGUUAGGAGCAUCGCAUGUUCAAGCUGUGACAGCUUUGCGUUCAGCACCAGAGACAAUAACUCUUGUUGUAUGCAAGGGUUAUGAUCGUAAUGAAGUUGAGAAAGUCUUGUCAUUGUCAGGUGGAAGAGAUUCAAAAGAAUCAAAAGGUUCACAGCAUGAUAAUAAAGAUUACUCAGCAGAUGGUAUGAAAUCAAUGUCACAAAGUAUAUCAAGUCUUGAUAGAGACGAUGAGGAUGCUAUGACAAUGAAACAAGAACAUGAAAUGAAAGCAGAAUUAGUUGCUUGGGAACAAGAAGAACGUGAACGUGCUCUUCUUGAACACAAGGAAAAAUCUACACCUGAAAAGGUUUUAGAUGUAGUGAGAGCAGCUGAGUCAUUAGUCAACAAGCCAAAUAGUCCAGUUGAUAUGCCAGUACCACCAAAAUCACCUGGAGGAACUAAAGAUCUUAAAACAACAACAAUUGUCAUGAGUAAACAUACAUUAGCACCACAGAAUCCUCCAACUGCCUUAACGCUGUCAUUAUUAAGACAUGAUGAUCCUGGUACAUCUGUGGAUACUCCAUCAAGAUCUUCAAGUCCUACAAUUAAUAAUAAAUUCUUUGCAAUGACAAGUGAUCUUGAUGAUAAAAAAUUAAAAUCUCAUACUACUAAAAAUAAUAAUAAAAAUACAAAAGAACGCUGUAUUUCAUUUGCAGCUCUUCCUGCACCUUAUAAAUCAACAAGUUGUAUAACAACACCAAUUAUAAGUUCAAUUCAAUCACGAACAAAAUCUAUGCAUGAAUUAUCAACAAAUAAUAGUAAUAACAAUAAUAAUAAUAAUAAUAAUAUUAACAAUAGAAAUUCAACUAUUGAAACAAUGAAAACAACUUCACGUUUUCGAUUGCCUCCAACGCCACUUACAAAUCCUGGUUUAACUGAAGAAUCAGUUGUACCUAAAUUAUUUAGUAAACAACAGAUUGCACGUUCUGUUGAUGGAAUAUAUCGGGUUGAGCCUGAACCAACACCACCAGCAACACCAGUUAAAAUGUCUGUGAGUGAUCGUAAACGUAUGUUUGAAAAUGCCGUUGAAGAGCAUUUAAAACCAUCACCAAAAACUGAUAAAAUAUUUAGUUUUUUGAGUCAAGAUGAAGUUGAAAAAAUGAAACAAGAAGAAGAAAAAAAAAUAGCAACAUUAACAAGAGAUGAACUUAAAUCAUGGGCACAAAUUGAUGAAAUUGAAGGAUUAGAUGAGUCGGAAGAUAUAUUAGAUGAUCAUAACAAUAGAAGACCUAAUAGCAGAUUAAGCACAAGAAGCUCAUCACUUCCGGGAGUUCCAAGUAUUGUUAGAACAGUCAAAGCAGAAAAACGUCUCAAAGAAAAAAUGAUACAAGAGGGUUUAAUUUCAGAUGAAGAUGAUGAAGAAAGUAACUUGAGCCCAGCUGAACAACGAGCUUUAAGAGCUGAAAAACGAGCUCUAUGGCGACAGGCUAGAUUAAAAUCACUUGAACAGGAUGCAUUGCAAGCUCAAAUGGUCAUUAAAAAAAUGAAUGAAAUGGUGGAUAAUUCAACUAAAUCAGAUAGUAUUGCAGUAAGCCAAGUUGAUGCACCAACACUACUUGAAAAAAAUACUGAGUUUGCUACAUUACGGCCGUCAAGUGCGGAUUUUCCAAAACUUGCUGUUAGAAGCAAAUUGGGCCCGCCAAAGGCCAUUCGCGAGUCUGAAAAGAUUGUCGAUGAGAAGGUAACACGACGAACUGAGGAAUACCUUGAUGAGAUGACUGGUGAACGUCGUGUUCGAACUGUCGAAUAUGUGGAGAAGCUGAUUGAGCGGGAGGUUGAAACAUUACGUGAUAAAAUAAUAUCCUUGGAGCUGAGUAAUGCUGAUGAAGAUAUUGAUAAUGAAAAAUUAGAAACAUGUGCAAGUGAUGCUGAAAGUGAAAGUGAAGAUAUUACAGCAGGUGAAUCAUUGAUUAAUCCAACAAAUGAAGAAGAUUCAAAUUCAGUUAUUUUUACAAAUCCAGUAUUAGAUAAUGUAUCAAAUAUUGGUAAAACUGGAACAAAUAAUUCAAAAAAAAAAAAAAGAAAACGCUCGAAAAAAGGUCGUAAUUAAA